CUCUAAUGGAGAACGGCUUGCUCGACCGGCGGGAGUCCUUCGAUCUCCUCGACAACCUCGACUUCGGGAUCAUGGAGCUGGGCAUGUCCGAUGAAGAGCCCUCUAAUCACAGCGGCGCUGAGAGCGCGGCGGUCGAGCCUGUGCCAGACGGCCCCGACCAACAUAAAGCUCAAGCAGGCUCUAGCAAACCCACGGUGCCCCCGCCCCCCCUUCCAACCACCGCAUCGGCCGCCACCGUCAAGGCCNGAGAGCGCGGCGGCUCUAGCAAACCCACGGUGCCCCCGCCCCCCCUUCCAACCACCGCAUCGGCCGCCACCGACAAGGCCGUCGUCACGACCGGCGUAAUAACGAGGGCGUUCCGAAAUAGCGGGGGAAGCGAGGAGGGGGGGCCGGCGCCGGGGUCGUCUGUCGGCGGCGGGGAGAAGGUUUCGACGCAGGAAGGCGGUGAUGGCGUUCAGGGCGGGGGGGUCGCGAUGAGAAGUAUCGGCGGCGGCGGAGGGCCCGCCGGCGGCGGGAACGGAGCUCAGGACAGCGAGCACGAAGUCGACUUGGCCGGCGAUGGUUCGGGUCAGUUCGACAUCGGCGAAAUGGCUUUCGACGCGACUUUUGAUCACGACUAUGGCGAACAGGAGGACGACGACGUUGACAUGAAGGACGGGAGCGGACAGCUGCCCUCCUCCUCCUCGACCAGGGCAGCCGCCGCCGCUGCCGCGGCCGCCGCGGCCGCAGUGAGCACGGCCGUGGGACCACUGCGCGUGGUGGGCUCCACCUCCAAGAACAAGCUCUCGACGAGGGUGCCUCCGAAGCUGAUAUCCUCACGAGGACCGCAUCGUCACGACGACGACGAGGAUGAUGACGACGAUGACGGACGAACUGGGGGAGAGAUAGACGUGGGCGACCAGAGCGGCGAUGACGACCUUGGCGACGAAGGCGACGAUGACGACAGCGACGCCGAGCGUCCCGAGGGCGGCGGCGGGAGCCACGCGGGUAGUGGUGAGACGGGGCCGGGAGUUGUCAUGUCGGAUGAUGAGGGUGGCGGGCGGGAGGGGCACGGGGACCCAGACGCGCCGGGGCUCGGCAGCUUCAGCACGAUGGGCGCCGUGAUCGGGGACUUUAGCCCGCAGUUCAAGUUUUCCUUCACCGACGACAUCCAUCUCGACCUUGGUGGUGGACUGAAGGACGAGCUGCGAGACCUGGAGUCCUUCUCCGAGCACGGGCCGGACCCGCACGGCAGAGGUGGCGAAAUGCUGGCCCUCUCGGCAUCUCGCGCGCAGCAACUGCUCUCCCGAGGGGGCCCCGCGGUUGUAAAGUCGGAGGCCCUGUCGACGUCGCCCUCUCAGCUCGGAGCGACACGGUCGGGCACGGCGGCUGCGGCUGCGGUUGCGGCGUCGGCGAAAGCCUCGGCGGCCGAUGCCGGAGGACCGGCGGCGGCCGGCGGCUGCGGCGGCGGCGGCACCGAUAGCAGCAGCGGUUUCUCGACGAACCACUACGCUUCGGGCGCGGCGUUCCACGGGCGGCACACGGGGCCGUACGCGACGGCAGAGGACGCGGCAGCGGGGGGAGAGGCGGCCGGGGCCGGGCCUUCGUCGCCGGUGUCGGUCCAAACACGACCACACGGGUCGUCGGCGGCGGCGAUUGCGGCUGCGGCGGCGGCAGCGGGCGGCUUCCACGUCGGAGGGCACGGGGGUACCGGAGGAGGGGGCCACGCGGCGGCAGGGGGGGUGACCCCUACCCCCCACGCGGCGAGGGGCAGGCCGGUGGUGUCGGGGAUGGGGAUCAUGGUGGGCGGCGGGCCUAGGGUGGGCAUGGGCGCCGGCGGCGCCGGCGCGGACGGGGAGAAGAAGUUCGUCGGUGCGUACUCUCCGGAGGCGAGGCGGCAGCGGAUAGAACGGUUCCUCGAGAAGAGGGAGAAGAGGGUGUGGACGAAGAUGGUCAAGUACGACGUCCGCAAGAACUUUGCCGACACGCGCAUGCGCGUCAAGGGGCGUUUCGUGAAGAAGGAGGACGAGGCGCUUCUGCGCGAGGUUAUGGCGUGCGCCUGAGCUUGGCCUAGCUCCUUCGUCCAAGGGCAACAGAGGCAGGGGUGGCGGCAGCUUGCGAACGCAGGCCGGGACCUCGUAUCCUGCUGGUGUCGGUACAAAAACUGUACAUCUUGUGUGAUGUGAAUGUUACGAACAUACCCCGGCGGAUCGAGCCACAUUACUACGUUUUCGUUUAUUAGGGUAUCGGCUGGCGCAAGGGCUACCCGCUUGACUCUCGAGCCAGCCAAAUCUGUGUCUUUCCCCCCAUAAUAUAAUAAUACAAAGCUGCUCGUGCUAAAUAGAGCCUAACAUGCUUCCACAUUCAAGUAACGUCCGGGGGGGGUAGGGAGAAGGAGGAAGAUGAACGUUGUCGUGCGUGAGCUCACGUUUGUUGGAUUUUUUUUUUCGCGAUGUGAUUCUCUAGGUGAAGUCAUAUGCACGGUUGCCGCCCGGGUUUUCGCUCAAGGUGGUUCGCAGUCUUUGUUUUGGUUGAUGUGUGUUUUGACCUCUUAUGUGUCUAUGUGUAGCAGGAAGCGUGACGGAUGUUGAAAUUUCGGCUGUUGUGAAAACGAAAUGUCAUAAGCGGAGGAACCUUCCCGUUGCCCUUGGUUCAUGCGUGUGUUGCUGCUGCGUCAUCUGAUCGGACGGGUGGUGAGUGUUUGUCCCAUGAUACGGACGAAGGAGGGAAGACCAGCCGAACAGGGCAGAGCUUUGAACAGGAAGCGUGUCCGCGCGAGUAGGGGAGAUACUUGUUUGGUGUGCGGGAGGAUAUUCCGGUUUACGCCGUGUGGCGGUUGUGUGUCCCCGCCUCCCGCCGCAAUCGUUAGCAUUGCCAAGUGCCUUCCUGCGUGGCGCGGCGAGGAAAAGAGGUAGAUGCAAGGAAUCGCUAUUCAUUUCGGUGUAUUAUAAUGGUUGUAGAGCACACAAACCCUUAAUUGUACUCUUCUCCUGGUCGUGGUUGUUAUUCUCUUGGUGGAAUGUUUUUUAGUUCUCUACGCGUCGUUCCCUGUAUCUCUUGUAUGCGCGCAGAAUUUCGACGCCGAACGUUUUAAUCGCGCCGCCUGCGGCGCGUUGGUGUUUGGUACAUGUACCACCUUAUUUUUUCCACAUGUGUAGGUCUCUCUCGCCGCCUCUUAUCCAACUUGGCUUUGGAUAAACAUAUGUACGAUAAAGGUUCACCGGUGCGUCACUGCUGUUGCUCGAGACUGGUGUUUUCGAAGGGCAUAGAUGAAGAGGUCGGACGUAGCCGACAUAUCACAGUGCUCUGUGCGUGUGUUUUUUUCUCCGUGUUGUUUGGUGCCAGUUCGUGACUUGGAGUAUGUACCGCGCGGCGGGCAGAAUGGGAAAGGGGGGGGGGGGUUACAGUAGCGCGGGGGACUUGUUGUACGCACAAACUCAUUGCGGCCCGUGUCCGUUUCCCCCCGGAAAGAGAGAGCCAUUUUACUUUUUUUGUUUCGCGACGCUGUUUCAUGUUAAGCCAAGACGGCAGUGUAAUAUUUCCCUUUUCUUUUUGCUUGGUUGCACUUUCGCUGAAGUGCCUUUUUUUUUUCUGCCGUUGUAGCGCUCUUUUGUCGCGUCACAUAUGGUUAUCGUCCCACACAAUCUAGACUCGCGCCUGUUGACUUACAGAGCUUGUGAGAGAAGGUUGAAGCGAUGCGGGGUGGCCGAAGUAGGUGGAAGCGACAAUGACCAGGAUACACGUUUCUUUUCUAUGCUGUUUGUUUGGUCCGUCCUGGGUGGUCGCGUGGGCGCCAGUGUAUAAUUUUGGUGUUGUUUGCCGGUACAGUAGGAAAAGUGUGAUGCCCCGUUUUGGUCGUCGAACGACCCGAAUAAUUGUGUUUUCGUGUAUGACAUUCAAUCACGAGAGAUUUUUCUUUUUCCUAAAUCGCCCUUGCAUAUGGGGCUCGGAGAGCGGGAAUGAAAAAGGCUUGUAGCCUACAUGUUUCCCCCUUUUUUUAGGUCCAGCACGCGUCGCCCGGGCAUGAAAGCUGUCCUUCUCACGUAAUACUUGGCAUUCCCGGACUCUCUAGGAGCAGUGGGUGCGGAUUGUGCGUGCCAUGCGUGGGAUAUAUGCGCCGUGUUGCCGCUCCUCGGUGUAUGAAUCUUGCUGGGCGAGAAGACGCUGGUUCAAAAUCAAGUGCGUGCUCGACAUGCUCGCUCAAGCGGCCUUCGCGAAGAUAACAUGGAAGUAGUGCCUUGGGAAAUCCCGGUCUGGCGGUUCAUGAUUUCGGGAAUAAAAUUAUUUGCAGGACGGACAGCUACUACUGCUGUACGAGCCUCGCUAAUAAAUCGGGAGAAAGGCACAGAUAUUGCGAACUACAUAAGAGCAGAGCCGCAACGAAAGCUCGUUU